AUGGAACGGGCUGCAGUACAAGGAUCUGAGCUGGGAGAUCUUCCAGGACUUCCAGAACAAAGAGAAGAUCGAUGCGUACUACGAGCAUUUGUAGGGCCGCAAGGCGAGUUUGAGCGUAGAAAUCGCGAUAUCUCGGAUCAGAUCCACGACCCGAACUAUCGGCCGCCGCUGCAGAAGUACGAAAAGAUCGACAAGAACGCGGAGUUCAAGGACGGCAACCAGCUGCGAUCCUAUCAAAUCGAGGGCGUGAACUGGCUUCUCUGGAACUGGAUCAACAAUCGGAACAGUAUUCUUGCGGACGAAAUGGGGCUCGGGAAGACGGCGCAAAGCACGCUGUUCAUGUACACGGUUCUCAAGAAGUACAAGCUGAAAUACCCGUUCAUCGUGGUGGCUCCGGUUUCCACGCUUCCCCACUGGGAGGCGGAGAUUCGCCGGUGGACGGACAUGCACGUGGUGAUCUUCCACGGCACGGUCAAAUCGCGCGAGAACAUCCUGCGGUACGAAUGGCGCUCGAAGAUCGGCGAGUUCGACGUGCUGAUCACCAACUACGAGAUCUGCUUGGUGGAGAGCGCGCUGCUGCAGUCCAUUCCGUGGUCCGGCGUGAUCGUGGACGAGGCGCACCGGCUCAAAGGCAAGAACAACAAGCUCGGCGAGAUGCUGCGCACCAUGAACUUCGGCUGCAAGGUGCUGCUCACCGGCACGCCGCUGCAGAACAACACGGAGGAGCUCUGGACGCUGCUGAACUUCCUCCAGCCGGAGCGGUUCGGCGACGUGGACCAGUUCCAGGCGGAGUUCGGCGAUAUGCGGGGCGUGGCGCAGCUGGAGAAGCUGCACACGCUGCUGAAGCCGCUGAUGCUGCGGCGAAUGAAGGAGGACGUGGAGAAGUCGCUGAAGCCGAAGGAGGAAACGGUGAUCAACGUGGAGAUGACGGCGAUGCAGAAGAAGUUCUACCGCGCGGUGUACGAUCGGAACACGAGCGUCAUUGGGAACGAAAGCAAGAACUUGCCGUCGCUGAUCAACAUCAUGAUGGAGAUUCGGAAGUGCUGCAACCACCCCUAUCUCAUCCGCGGCGCGGAGAGUUCGAUCAUGCUCGAGAUCCGUACUCCCGCCUCCGACUGGAAGGGCGAGGAGCUCGUUCUGCAGGCGCUUCUCACGUCCAGCGGGAAGAUGGUGCUGCUGGACAAGCUGCUCCCCAAGCUGCAAUCGCAGGGCCACCGCGUGCUGCUGUUCAGCCAGAUGACGCACAUGCUGGACAUCAUCCAGGACUACCUCACUCUCAAAGGCUAUCUCUUCGAACGCAUCGACGGCGGCGUGAAGAGCAACGAUCGCCAGGCAGCCAUCGAGCGCUUCUCCGCGCCGGGAAGCGACCGCUUCAUCUUUCUGAUCUGCACGCGCGCCGGCGGCGUGGGCAUCAAUUUAACCGCGGCGGACACGGUGAUCAUCUACGACUCGGACUGGAAUCCGCAGAACGACAUCCAGGCGCAGGCGCGGUGCCAUCGCAUCGGGCAGGACAAGGCAGUGAAGGUGUACCGCCUGAUCACGAACCGGACGUACGAAAUGGAGAUGUUCCAGCGCGCCAAUCUGAAGUUGGGUCUGGACAAAGCCGUGCUGAACCCGCUGAACCAGAACGUGAACGACGACAGGCAGGUGGAGAAAAUCUCGCGGAAGGAGGCCGAGACGCUCCUGAAGUACGGAGCGUACGACUUCUUUAAGGAGGAGCGCGAAGGCCGCUCGGAAGAGCUGAGCAAUGCGUUCUGCGAGGCGGAUAUCGACCAGAUCUUGGAGGAAAACACGAAGGUGAUCACGAUCGAUUCGCAGGGCGGGUCGUCGUACAGCAAGGCGUCGUUCGUCACGGACAGCUCGGCCGAGGUCGAUAUCAACGAUCCCAACUUCUGGACGAAGAUCGUGGGGCUGAAGAGCGAGCCGGACGUUCUGGGUCCGCGCACUCCGGGGAAGAAAUACGCGGUCGCGCAGGGCGAUGAGCCGGAUCUCGUCGUGCUGACCGACGAAACGGACUGGACGAAGGUGGAUCGCGAUACGCUGAUGCGCUUGUUGCUGACGUACGGAUGGGGCCAGUGGAAGCAGAUCUACGCCGACGAGCGCAUGCAGAAGCACCCUCUCGUGUCGGUGCAGAUCGUGGCGCUCUGCCUCAUCGGCCAGACCGCGCGCGCCAAAAUCUUCAUGGAGAACGACUCCAUGCGAAAGAACGGGUUCGGCGGCAGCGGCACGCGCGUGAGCCAGCAGGCGCGCGAGGCGCUGGAGUAUCUGCGGGACAGCUACGACAUCUGCGCGGCGGUGCUGGAGAGUGUGCGCCAGGCCGAAGCCGGCGACACGGAGUCCAUCGCGUUCCCACACUCCUUCCCUGCGUUGGUGCGCAACAUGAAUUGGUGGCAGCGCGAAAUCAAAGUCUACGAGAAGCACUUGAAGCAGAUGUCUUUCCUCCAUCAGCUCCACGCCUCGUGCAAGGCCUUCCACGUCGAGCUCAACGGCGAGCUCCGUCUCCCCAGUCCCCAGCGCGCGGCGCUUCCCGCGGUGUGGUGGACCAUGCAGGAGGACCACGACUGCUUGAUCGGCGUUGAGCGCCACGGAUGGAACAACUGGCGCGAGAUCUGCAUCGACCCGGACCUCUGCUUCGCCAAGCAGGGCGUCCAGUGGAACGGACCCGCGGUUACCGAGCCUAUUGUCGACGAGGGAGAAGCCUCUCCCACGCCUACGCCCGCCAAUACGCCCACACCCGCCAAUCCUGCUUCGUCCCCCGCCAAUCCUGCUUCGUCUCCUGCCUCUCCGACCACACCUUCUCCGGCAAUGCCCGGGUCGGGCAAUUCCGAGAGCGACGCGAAGGUGUUCCCUGCGUCGCACCUGGUCAUCAAGCGAAUGCACCGCCUCGUCAGCGCGAUGCAGCGGCUCGUCAAGAAGGGCGCCGGCGAGUUCUCGCUCGCCUCGCUCAAGAGCGGGUCCAACGGCGCGGGAAUCACCAGCGAAUGGGACGAAGCCGAGCUCCGCAGCCUCCGCAACGCCAUCAAGCGCUGGGGCAUUCCGGUCCCGCCCGUCCUCCCCGAGCGCGAGCCGCACCGCGGGAAGGGCGUUGCGCCGAAGAGCCGGAAGGACCGAGUCAUCUUCUCGCUGGAGAACGUCCCGCUCACCGCGGAGCAGGAGGAUCUGGAGACGCGGCUGGCGGUGGCGGCGAGCGUGCUGAGCGGCGCGGUGCAGAAAGUCUACAUGAAGGUGGGCGAUGCGGUGAAGGCGAAGCCGGCGGACGCGGCGGACGCCUCGGAACCGACGGGCUCCCAGGCGGAGGCUGCGAAGAAGGACGUGGAGGAGAGCGAGGCGCUGCUGCUGGACGCCGCGCAGAACCGAGCCUGGCUGGGAAUGUACCCGGCGAGCUGGAGCGAUUCGCAGCGCACGCUGGGACUCUUCGGGAACCGGCUGGGCCCGUUCGAGUUCCUCCGCGUGCAGGCGAAGCUGAAGUCGAAGACCACGGACCAGGUGCGGAGCAUGGUGCGGCAGAUGGAGAAGCGGUCGAUCGAGCGGUUCCAGGCGAGUCGCGAGGCGCAUCCGGAGGGCGAGGAAGGGAAGAAGGAGAAGGAGAAGGAGGACAAGAACGACAUCAUUCCGAGCAACACAGUGGGGCAGCGACUGUACCGCCGACUGCAGCUGUACUACGAGAUCCAGCAGUACGUGUGGGACAAGGACGAGCCCACGAUGCGCGCCAUUCUCACUCGCUGGGAGAUGGAUGGCUCGCGCAGACAGGACCACUUAUCGGAGGGCUGGAACGUGCAGAUCCACGAUAUGGCGCUCCUCAAAGGCCUGCGCAAGUGGGGCAUCGAGUGGGAUUUGCUCUGGUCCGAUCCGGAAAUGCCCUUCACCAAGCCCGUCAGCGAGAAGAAGGCCGGCAGUGCCGAGACGGCGGGCAAUGCCGAGGCGACGGCGAACGAGACGGCGCUGCUGAGCAUGAAGACCGUGGAUCGCAGUCUGAUCGUUCCUGGACUGAUCGCUGCGCACGCGAUUCGACGCCUGCAGUCGCUCGUGGAGGUCUUCAAAGUCUACGACGAGUACGAAACGCGCUACGAGUUCUCGGAUCCCGCCAAGAUGGACGAGGAGCCCGCGGCCCCGCCGUCCGACCCGUCCGAACCGGAGUCCAAGCCCGCCAAAUCUUCGUCUGGCUCGUCCAACGACCAAGUGGAGGUGUCCUCGCUGCCCUGCCGCGUGUUUGUCACCUUCCAGGGCGAGCGCGCGCUUCUCCCGUCCCGCGUCCAGGUCCGCAAAUCGCUCUAUUGGAACUCCCGCUUCCUGGCUCCCUCCGACUCCCCCGCGUCGAUCCCCAAGCUCCCGCGGGACAGCGUUUCCCGCGCGCAGCUGUCGUCGGACGCGCUGUCGUACUACCAGAAAUGGCUGGAGAUGGAGAAGGAGGUGCGCGAGUUGGGGAUGAGUCCGUCGCGAAUCUCGUACGAAGUGCGCGUGCAGAUCUACGAGCGCGCCAAGAGCAUCGUGAGCCACGUGCGGUUCCCGAUGCGCGUGCGGAGCGUGGAGUUCUGGAACCUGGGGAGCGUGGUGACGCGAUGGCCGUCGUACCACAGCGAUAAAUACAUCUGGCCGGUCGGCUUCCGGUCGGUGAAGGUGUAUCUCUCGUUCAUCCACCCCGCGCAGCACGUCGAAUAUAUAAACGAGAUUCUCGAAGGGGGUCAUCAGGUACGCCAUUGCCCCGAUUUUUGACAGUAGGGUCCCAUUUUCUCCGUGACCGCUUCCGACGAUCCCGACCAUCCCAUCCGCGCGCAGACCGCCACGGCCUGCUGGACCACCAUUCUCCAGCGCGUGAGCAAGGAGCGCAAGGCGAUGGGUCUCGGCAAAACCGGCACGGCGGUGAGCGGUCCCGAGUUUUUCGGGUACGCGAUGCCGGAGAUCGCGGCGUGCAUCGAGGGUUUGGAGGGCGCGGAGCAGUGCAAGAAGUACAUCCCGCGCUGCCUCCGCAUGGAGACCUCGCGGAAAGGCCGAGUGCGCGCUGUGCGAGGCCGAGCCGUGCCCGUGGCCGAGGCUCCCGCGGGGAACGAGCCGGGCGAGAGGCCGACGAAGCGACGCGCGGCGCAGAUGGCGAGCAAGCGGUGGAAGACGAUGGAGGAGGAGGAGAGCGCGGCGUCGACGGAUAACGACGAGGAAGAGGAGGAGAUUCUGAGCGAGGCGGA